CGGUUUAAGCAAGUGUAACAAAAAGAAAAUCUCAGAAUACUAAGUUGGCAACACCUCUGUGACAUCAUUGUAAACAAAAUGGCAGCGUGCUGAGCAACCUUGACGUCGCUAAUGCUUUUUGUUGAUGUCAUAUAAAUAUAAAAACUAGAUUGUAGAAGUCUAAUUCUAAUUAAUAGAUCUAAGUCUACGCUGACUACACAGGUAGAGACAUACUAGACUAGAGAUGGCCCUUGAUCUUAAAGAAGAGAUUUACAAUGUCAUAUUAGCAGCAGCAGAAAUGGAUUUGUCUAACUAUGGCAGUACAUUCCAAUUUGAAUGUGGUGGAGGUGAUGAUGAAAUGUCUGAGGCAGCAGAGAAAUUGGUUCAAAUGGGAGAUGGAUUAACACAGAAAUAUGGAAAAAAAGAUUGUGAUCAACUUAUAGAAGAUAUCACCCAAUGUCUGUUGGCUAAAUCUGAAAACAUAAAUCAGUGGUUAAGUGCGCAUGGUGCAGAAAUUAAUCCAACUCUUGAUAUCUCUGCAACAUCUGUAUUAUCUGGAAUAUAUGUUGGAUUCAGAGAGAAACUGGGCAGUUAUCUGUUUUCUAAGAAAGAAGAGGGCAAAGAGAUGCAGGACAUUUCUCUGGUGGUCUCCAUUGCUAAAGGUGUCUGUAAAAGUCUCCAUGACUCCCCUUUUAAUGGUGUCAGUUUGGCAGCUACCUUGGCUAGCAACUUCAUUGCAGAGAACUAUCAACAGUUUCUCCUAAACCAAGGGGGACUGUUUCAUCAAUAUGUGGAUUCCAUGACAGUUUUUCAUUUAUUAUAACACCUAGGUAUUUUGCGUCUAUAGUCUGUGUUACUGGUUUGCCAUGAAUAAGAUAAGUGGAAUUAAUUUGUUUUAGUUUUUUUGUUACUCUUAACAACUGACAUUUUUCUGGGUGGAAAGACAUGCUCCAAUUUGAUUCCCAUUUCUGUAAUUCAUCUAAUUCUCUUUGUAAAAUAUCUGUGUCUUGUGUUGUUUUUAUUGUUCUAUAUAUUAUGCAAUCGUCUGCAAAUAAUCUGACUUUUGUUCCUGAAGUAAUGCAAUUUGGUAAAUCAUUUAUGUAAAUUAAAAAUAGUAGUGGACCCAAGACUGUUCCUUGAGGUACACCUGAGUUUACUGUUAUCUGUGUUGAUUUAGAGCCAUUUAUUAUUACAGUUUGUUCUCUCCCUAUCAGAAAGUCCUUAAUCCACUGAUGCAGUGGACCAUUAAUGCCAAAAUAUUUUAAUUUUUUAAGCAAACUAUGGUGGUGAACUUUGUCAAAAGCCUUAGAAAAAUCUAGUAAGAUAGCAUCUAUUUGUUCACUAUUAUCUAAACCUUUUGAAAAAUCAUCAAUUAGUCCUAUUAGUUGUGUUUCACAUGAUCUAUAUUUCCUAAAGCCAUGUUGGUAUGGUGUGAGGACAUUAUGUUUGUCUAAGUGGUUUAUGAUGUUGCUACAUAUUAUGUGUUCUAGGAUUUUACAUGUGAUGCUGGUAAGUGAUACUGGUCUGUAGUUUCCUGGGUCAGAGUUUUCUCCUUUUUUAAAUAGGGGGAUGACAUUAGCUUCUUUCCAGUCCUUUGGUACUCUGCCCUGGUUAAGUGAAGCCUGAAAGAGUAUUUUGAACACUGGGGCUAGCUCAUUACUUAGUUCUUUGAGUAAUCUAGCUGGAAUACCAUCAGGUCCAGAAGCUUUAUUUGGUUUGGUGUUGGCUAAUAGUUUUUGAAUUCCAUUUUCUUGUACUACUAUAUCUUCUAUGUUGUCUACUUGGUUCAAAUUCAGUAAUAUGUCUUUGUCUCCUGGAGCUGAGAAUGCUGAUGCAAAGUAUUUGUUUAGGAUGUUUGCUUUAGUUUCAUUAUCAUUAUGUAUUAUGUUAUGUUCAUCUUUUAAUGGCGCUACACCUGUUGUUUCCAUUUUCUUAGACUUAAUGUAUGACCAUAGGUUUUUGUUGUUAUCUUUAGAUAUUACAUUGUUUAUGUAUUCACUCUGCAGCUGUCUGCUUACUUUUUGGGUUAAGUGUUAAAUUUUUAUAUACUUUUUGUAAACUCUUUCUGCAUUAGUUUCUUUAAAUUUUCUAUAUAGGUUUUCCUUCUGUUUACAAAGCUUCUUUAGUUUAUUAUUAAACCAGCAUUUAUUUAUUUUGUUUGAUGUGUAUUUAGUUGGUAUAUGAUUUUCUAUAAUGCUUUUAAGAUGGUUUUUAAUGAAAUUCCAGAGGUCAUCGACUGGUUGGUUAAUGUCUUUUUCUAAUAAGAAUGUUUGUUGAAAGUUUAAUGCAGCUUGGUGUAGUUGUGUUAGGUUACAUUUAUUCCAGAGUAAGAUUUCUCUUUUGGGUUUUGUAUUGGCUACUGCUUUUAUCUGACUGUGUAUUUUUAUGAUCUCAUGGUCUGAUAGACCAGGGAUAAUAUCAUAAUCAACUACUAAUCCAGGUCUGUUGGUUAAGAAGAGAUCUAAUGUGUUGUUUAAUCUAGUUGGCUUUUUAAUGAUUUGAUCUAAACUUAGGUUGUGUAAAGUUUCUAUGAAAAGCUCAUUUAUGUCCUUAAGGUUUUGGUGUUUAUCUAUGGUUAGUGUUUUCCAAUUUAUAUCAGGUAGGUUGGAAUCACCCAUAAUCCAAAAAACUGCAUUUUUAUUUGUCUCUUUAAGUGUAGUAAUCUGAUUACAUAGUUCCUGCAUGUAUUCUAAACUAGAAUGUUACUACACUAAACAUAAGUAUGACAUAGUCUUCUUGUUUAUCAAUGAAUUUUUGUGGGUCUUUAAAAUUUGUUUAUUUAUU